GGUCACAAUAUAAAUUCAAUAGGUUUGCACUGUUUGCACAGUAUUUAAAAAAAAUAUAUAAAUCACGUUAUCCGCAAUUUUAUACUAAAAUGCAACUGUUUUUAAACGCAUCCGUUCGGCUGUCAUUGUCAAAAUAUAGAGGUUGUGUGUUGUAUUUAUAUUUUAAUCUUGUUGGCAUAUUGCUUUGCUGAAGCUGCUAUGCAACAAUUUUACUUUAUUUUAUAGCUCAUUGUAUUUGUUAACUGUUAUAUUAGUAACAAUUGGGGUAUAAGAGAAGUCGCCGUGAUGGCCAUGGCGCAUUCGUGUCGCUGUUGUCUCCGGUGUCCUCCGGACAUGGACCUUACGACGCCGUACAUACAUCUCGGCAAAACGGAGAUUUACAUUGAGAUGUUAAAAGACUGCUUCGAUUUACAGCUUACGCUGGGCGGCUCGGGCUCAUGCGGCAUCUGCUCGGCGUGCGUGGGCCGCCUGCGAGACGCGAGCGACUUCAAGCUGCAAGUGCAGCGCAGCCAGGCGAUGCUGCGGGAAGCUGUGUUUAUAAAAGAGGAACCUGUCAAGAUUGAGAUAGCUGUUGAUGUCCCAGUAGAAGAAGACACUGAGUUUGAUGAACAGCCUGUACAAAAAACAGAGGUCAACGAAGAUGAGACGGGGGAAGUUUUGGAUGAAGAUCCUCUAGUGAAGCCAGAGACGUCGGGUAAUGCGAUGAUGGAGGAUUUAUCAAAGACAGGCGAGUACUCGUAUUUUAUACUAAGAUUUAAUUUGUUUUAGGAUUUCUCUAAUACUCCCAGUAUUACUGCCAUGUUGAGAGAGUGCAACAUUAGCACAAACUGUAAUAGAUAACUAGAGUAACUUACACGCGGUGCACAAAAAUAACUGCAUUCCAUACUGAGCAACUUUUACUUUGGGACCAACCACGAAAUCGUGGAAAAAAUUUUACC